CCUCAGUUCAGGUUUGGCCUGAGGCGGUAAGGUAUAAAAGCCUCGCUGCCGGAGGUUUUGCCACAUUGCAUCCGACAACAUGAAGGUCCUGCUGCUCUCCAUGGUGGUCCUGCUGCUGUGCAGCACACAAGUGCUGUCGCUGAAAUGCUUCACCUGCCAAGAUGAGAAUGACACCAUCUGUAAGACAGAGACCGUCUGCGAGAGCUCAAACCAGUACUGCAGAACCUACAGGAAAGGUAACGAGCUGUCUCGUAGCUGCGAGGAGUUCUGCGCCGAGGACUUCUUCACGGUCUGCUGCCAGGAGGACCUCUGCUAGAGCCGAAGAUCCUCUCAGCGCCUGCCUUUGCUCCCCUAUCCCUACGAAACCUAAUGAUCAAAGAAUAGAUGAAAGGAAUGAGAUAAAUACUACUACCAUACACAAUGAUUUGGUUACAUAUCAGAAUAUAUCUGUGAUUUUUUCCUCCCUCCUUGUUCCCGCUUUGAAAUAAAAAUGCACUAAUGACCGCCAA